UUGCCUCUCCACGUCAGCUGAUGGACAGUUAAUUGUGAACGGAAUCCGUUUGCCCCAAAUCCGUCUCAUUUCCCCUUCCCAGUACUGGCUGCUGAUCGCCGUCUAGCGCAAACAAUGCUUGAGGUGAAGAAAGAAGCCUUUGGUGAAUUGCCUCUUGGCGGAGGAACCGUAGAAAAAUUCCUGCUCACAUCCAACACAGUCAAAGUGGAAAUCAUAUCCUUAGGCUGCAUAAUCACCUCCUUGAAGACUAAAGACAGAGGCGGAAAGUUUUCAGACAUUGUUCUAGGCUUUGAUCAUUUGGAAGGAUACCUCAGCGAGCACCCCUAUUUUGGAGCUGCCAUUGGACGAGUUGCUAAUAGAAUUGCCAAAGGGAAAUUUACAGUGGAAGGACAUGACUACCAGCUGGCCAUCAAUGACGGCUCCAACAGUUUGCAUGGAGGAGUCAAAGGGUUUGACAAGGUUAUCUGGUUCCCUGAAAUCCUACCAGAUGGUGUCCGCUUUUUCAGAAUAAGUCCAGAUGGUGAAGAGGGAUAUCCUGGUGAGCUGAAAGUGUGGAUAUCAUAUACACUCAAGGAUGAUGAGUUAACAAUUAAUUACAGAGCUCAAACUAGUAAGGCUACACCAGUCAAUCUAACAAACCAUGCUUACUUCAAUCUUGGAGGUCAGGGCUCAUCCAAUAUCUAUGACCAUGAAUUUACAAUAGAGGCAGAUUGUUACUUGCCAUUGGAUGAAACUCUGAUUCCAACAGGAAAGAUCAUGCCAGUGCAGGAUACUCCCUUUGACCUGCGAAAGCCUAAAGAACUUGGGAAACAUUUGCAGAAGUUUCAGCUGGAUGGAUUUGAUCACAACUUUUGCUUGGUCCAGAGAAAAGAACCACAUUUCUGUGCCAGAGCUUAUCAUCCCCCUAGUGGCCGAAUGAUAGAAGUUUAUGCAACUCAACCUGGCAUUCAGUUUUAUACAGGAAAUUUCCUGGAUGGGACUCUAAAGGGUAAAGAGGGCCAUGUGUACUUCAAGCAUUCUGGCUUCUGCCUUGAAACACAAAAUUGGCCAAAUGCCAUCAAUCAGCCUAAUUUUCCAGAUGUCCUGUUGUACCCAGGAGAUGAAUACAAUACCACAACAUGUUUCAAGUUUUCUGUAUCUUAAAUGAAAUCUUGCUAUAAGUUAAUUUUGCAAAAAUAUUUUAAGUGAUUAAAGAAGAUUCUGAAUAUCCUAAUUUUUAUAGCACAAAUUUCAUAAAAGAAAACCAUUAAAAAGGUAGUAUUUGGAUAAGUCCCCGCUUCAUAGUAGACAAGUAACAACACUUAAGUUCACUCAACAGAUUGAAUAUUAUCAUCUCUAUCUGCGGUUUCCACCUUUUGAUAGAUUUUAUCUAAUAUGACACCAUGUAAAUAAGAAGUGAAGUCCUAAUUUAAAAUCAUGAAGACUUUCAUUAAGGUGGUCUGUGGCAGUGUUCCUUGACGAUGCAGGUAUUACUGAGACAUAAUAAUCUGAUCGAUUCCAAAUGUGGGCUACUGUUGAGCAGUUUGGAUAGUUAACAUUGUAUCAUCACUUCUUUAAUUCAACC